AUGGAUGAAUACGUCAUCGAAAUAACUCGGCGCGAAUUCCUGGGAAAACCCCCCACCCCCCUAAACAAACCUCCCUUUCCUGGGAUAUCCCCCCAGGUGAAGGACUCAUUCCUUCGUCUUCCGGGGGAUUAUCCCGGGGGGGGGGACUUUUUUCCCCCGUAUUUUUAA